GGAAGAGCGGACGGAGAAGGGAACAAGAUGCAGCAGAAUCGCACGGUGCGUUUGGUCCGGGGGCAGAGACUGGAGGCUGUGUGUGUGUUGGGCACCACCGUAUCCAUCCCUGUGCUGGGGGGGGCGCCAGCUGAGUCCCAAUGGUUCUCCCUGCACCACUCGCAGAACAUCGAGGCCUCCGUGCUCCGCACCGACAGCGCCAAACAGAAAACUGUCAAUGGGGAGAAGCUUUGGCCGCUGACGCCGGAGAGUUUGGUGGAAAUAAAGAUGUUGGCGCCGAGCGCAGAGACCAACGAUGGGAAGAUCACAUUUGCAUAUUAUGGCAACGGGUCAGACGCUCCUAUAGACAAGGCUGGAGUCUAUUUCACUGGGGUUGAGAUCUCAUUGGACGUUGACGCAGACCGCGAUGGGGUCGUGGAGAAGAACAAUCCGCACAAGGCCUCGUGGACGUGGGGCCCUAACGGACAAGGGGCCAUUCUCCUAGUGAACUGCGACAAGGACAGCCUAUUCGCUCGCUCGGUGGACGGGGGGGACAAUAUAAUGAUGAGCAAAGAAGAUCUGCUGGACAUGUCCCCCAUGUGUCUCUGGGUUCGGGGGCCCGAGAAGCUCCCCACCGGGUAUUACCUGCUGCUCUAUGUCUCCGCCUCCGACGCGGGGAAUCUGGGGGUGUUUCACUACCACAAUAAGAUCUAUAGCCACGUGCUGGGCAAGCAGAAGCUGUUCUACAAGGCGCGCUACACGGGAACCAAUGAGCUGCAGUUCUUUGUCGAGGGCCUGCGCUUCCCGGACGAGGGGUUCGAGGGGCUCCUGUCACUCAGGGUCAGCCUCCUGGAGUCCAUGGGGGAGGGGAUCCCUGACACCCCCAUAUUCACAGAUGUGGUCACCUUCCGUAUGGCUCCUCUCAUCAUCACCCCAAACACAUUGCAGCCCAUCGACGUGUUUGUAUGCAGCGUCAAGGACAACCUCUUCUUCCUAAAGGCCAUCAAGAGCCUCGUUGCCCAGGCCGACUACAACGUCAAGAUCUGCUUUGAGGAUGUGAACCGGGGAGACCGCUGGAUGCAGGAUGAGAUUGAGUUCGGGUACAUCCACGCCCCCCACAAGAGCUUCCCUGUGGUUCUGGACUCGCCGCGAGACCGGGGGCUGAAGGAUUUCCCUGUCCGGAAUCUGCUGGGCCCGGACUUCGGAUACGUCACUAAACUCGCCGCCGCUGCCGAAGUGACCAGUCUGGACUCAUUUGGGAACCUGGAAGUGAGCCCCCCAGUAACUGUGAAUGGGAAGGAUUACCCCCUGGGGCGCAUUCUGAUUGGAAGCAGCUUCCCCACCUCCUCUGGGCGGCGGAUGACCAAAGCAGUACGAGACUUUCUCUAUGCCCAGCGGGUACAGGCGCCAGUAGAGCUGUACAGUGAUUGGCUGUAUGUGGGUCACAUUGAUGAGUUCAUGACCUUUGUACCCACGGCCGAUAAGAAGGGAUUCCGGCUUCUCUUGGCCAGUCCGGUCGCUUGUUUUCAGCUUUUCCGUCAGAAGAAGGACGAGGGGCACGGGGACGUAACGUUGUUUCAGGGGAAGGAAACCAAGAGAUGGACAGUUGCCAAGAUCAUCUCCACUGAUUCGCUGGUGAAGGAGAACCUUUAUGUCCAGCGAUCCAUAGACUGGAACAGGGACAUCCUGAAACAGCAGCUCGGCCUCAGCGAAGACGACAUCAUUGAUAUCCCGGCGCUGUUCAAGUUGGAGAGCGGGGGCCGAGCGCUGGCAUUCUUCCCCAAUAUGGUGAAUAUGUUGGUGCUGGGGAAGGAGCUGGGGAUCCCCAAACCCUACGGGCCGGUGAUUAAGGAGAGCUGCUGCCUGGAGGAUCACAUGGUGUCACUGAUGAAGCCGUUCGAGUUGAACUGCACGUUUAUCGAGGACUUUACCUCGUACCACAAGAAGUUGGGGGAGGUGCAUUGCGGCACAAACGUGCGUCGGAAGCCGUUCCCGUUCCAGUGGUGGCGGAUGGAGGAGCCGUAAGAGCCGGACCCAGCAGGGGACCUGUAUCUGGGCACAAUGGCUCCAGUAGGCAUGGGGGCGCCCCCUACUGAUAGGGUCACACAGUGUUUCCCAGUCAGGGAUCGACCAGUUUGUGCCUUAAAGGGACCUUGGCCCGAGACUCCUCCUCCCCGGUGCCGCCUCUCUAUAUAUUUUAGCCUAUAAUAAUCAACCAAUGGGAAGAGAGACAGGGGGCUGGGCCUCAUUCUCCUAUACACCCCCCCCCCCCCCAGUCUGUACAACUCCCUGCAACCCCUGAGGGCAAAUCACUCACGGAGGAAGCCGGGCUCAGAACCAAUAAGACAAUAGGCUGUGAUUCAUGGCAACCAAUCAGAUGUCUGCUUCAUAGGACUAAUGGGCAGGAGGUGGAGACAACUGCAGAUUGGUUGCCAUGGUUACUGCCCUGCUUCUGUAAGUGCCCAGUUAAUCAGUGUAACCUUAUUGGAGGGAUAUAGUGCAGGACGAGUGCCCCACUUAGCUCCGCCCCUAUUCCCAUGGUGCCUCAGUAACCAAUGAUUGUCAUUUCCUUUACUAACUCGUUAUUCCAGGAACAAGUUCUGUUUGUUUUCUGUAAUAAAACUUCCAUUGUGUUA